CAUGCGCAAACGCAGGCGCGCGCGGGGUCUCUCGGAGCAUGCGCGAGCGCCGCGCCAGGGCUCCAACCCUGCCCCUCAGAGGUCACGCUCCCGGAAGUGCCCUGGGCCCACGCGUUGGGUCAGGGGGAGCGGUAGGUGGUCAGCGGUUCCGCGGCACGUGGCCCAGCACGUGGCCGAGCGCUUGGCCCAGGGCAACCUGGAGCCGCCGGCCUCGGUGGCCGAGGCGGUGUCGUCCCUGACUAUCGCCGAUGCAUUCGUUGCAGCCGGCGAGGGCGGCGCCCCGCCGCUCCCUCGGAGGUUCAUCUGCUCCUUCCCCAACUGCAGCGCCGCUUACAAUAAGGCCUGGAAGCUGGACGCGCACCUGUGCCGGCACACAGGGGAGAGACCAUUUGUUUGUGACCACGAAGGGUGUGGCAAGGCCUUCGUCAGGGACUACCAUCUCAGCCGCCACGCCCUGAUUCACACCGGGGAAAAGCCCUUUGUUUGUACAGCUAGUGGCUGUGAUCAGAAAUUCAACACAAAAUCAAACUUGAAGAAACAUUUUGAACGCAAACAUGAAAACCAGCAAAAACAAUAUGCAUGCAGUUUUGAAGGGUGUAAGAAGACCUUUAGGAAACAUCAGCAGCUGAAAACCCACCAGUGCCAGCACACCAACGAGCCACUCUUCAAGUGUGCCCACGAGGGAUGUGGAAAACACUUUGCCUCCCCCAGCAGCCUGAAGCGGCACGGGAAGGUCCACGAGGGCUAUAUAUGUCAAAAAGAAUGUUCUUUUGUGGCAAAAACAUGGACAGAGCUUCUAAAACACAUGAGAGAAACCCAUAAAGAGGACAUAAGGUGUGGUGUGUGCCAGAAAACGUUUAAACGCAAGGAAUUCCUGCGGCAGCACAUGAGGACGCAUGCCCCCAAUCGAGAUGUGUGCCGGUGUCCACGGGCAGGCUGCGGCCGCACCUACACCACCGCCUUCAACCUCCAGAGCCACAUCCUCUCCUUCCACGAGGAACAGCGCCCCUUCGUGUGUGAGCAUGCCGGCUGCGGCAAGACCUUUGCCAUGAAGCAGAGCCUCAGCAGGCAUGCUGUUGUGCAUGACCCCAACAUGAAGAAAAUCAAAGUGAGGCCGUCUCGUGGGAAGCGGAGCCUGGCCUCCCGGCUCAGUGGGUACCUCCCUCCUAAGAGGACACAGGACCAGGCCGUGCCUUUGCCCAGGAAUGGGGAGCCGCUGAGCUGCAUGGAAGGCCACGCACGCUCCACGUUGCCAUGCUGACCGCAGCUGCACAUCCACUUGGACUGUGUGGAGGACCACAGACCAGCCACUGCAGUUCUGUCUCCUGGAAGCAUGUGUUUAUUAAAGUCACUGGGGCAGGACACCAGAUGCUCCAUCCUUCCUGUC